GUAUGAAUAUAUAUAAAAACGAGGCCAUGCUGUGUAAAGGGUGGAAAUGCCGGUCGAUAUUUUGCCGUGCUAGCAACGGUGGAAUUCGCUUAAUUGAAACAGCUUGUUUGAAAGACUACAUUUUAUGAAUAUUGUGAAAAUAACGAUGUCUUGGACAUUAAUCUUUAAAGUCACGUGUGCUUUAAUCUGUGUUCUUUGUUUCUCACCAACUUACGUCCGUGCCAAGGAUUACACCGGAAUUAAAAGGUUUCUGCAUGGCUGCCCGUUUGCAUUUCCAUGCCCUCCACCACCGUGCGACAAUCCAGUCUAUGGUCCCCAUGACUGCUGCGGAUCAUGUCCGGAGCCGACGACAGCGGAACCGAUGACCUUAAAAGUGCGAGAGGAAAAGGCAGUACACCCGCAAGUUAAUCCUGCAAAAAAGACAAGACGUGGACACUUUUUCAAAAAGAUGACGUCAGAAAUAACGUCACAUGAAUUACGUAACCGACAAUUUACAACUACGACAUAUCCUACAACAUCAGAAUGCCCAUACCCGUGCGUUCACCAUGGCUAUCAUUACUGCUAUCCGUUACCAUGUUAUAUCCCUUGUGUCGAUGGUGUUAAAGGUCCGAGAGAUUGUUGUUACCAAUGCCCUAAUGGUCCCAACUGUAUGCACGAUGACAAAAUAAUACCUGAAGGAAAGAACGUGACCCUACCAUCUGGAGAUGUUGCAUACUGUUCAAACGGUGGUUUAUAUGGUGGCAGCGUACACGUUUAUCCCGUUCUUGGAUGAAAUAACAUUCUGAAAUAAAGUAUAUUCAUAUA